UGAUUUUCGAGGGGCAGUAACAGCUCCUGUUCAUCCGACCUGAUUCAUGAUUCAUGUGCUAAGAGCUUUAUAAAGUUUUGUUGCUGCGAAACAAACCCGACAAGACUAUUUCUCUUGAAAAUGUAAUGUGUUUAGGUUACAUCGUCGCUAUUACACGGAAACGCAUACAAUCCAAAGCUCCGAGCACAACUGGACUGCGACGCGGUUUCGUCGUUGUCACGUCCAACUACACCGAGCUACACAACCCGCGACAACUGGCCAUAGCGACGACUAGCCAUAGGCAACAUAACAGCGUUUCUUUAGCCACCUUCACGCAUAUAUAGUGCGUAAAUAUGUCUCUUAAUAGCAAGGAAAAAUCACAACUCCGAAGCGCCCUACAAGAAGCAGUUAUAAAAUGCUCGGAGAGAUGUCUUUAUCAAUCUUCAAAAUGGGCAGCUGAACUACUUAACGCCAUUCCUGAACCCGAGGCGUCGCCUGACGAUUCUCAGCUGUCGGAUGCAUCUAAUGGAUACGCAUCGACAGCAUUUGCCCAAAAUGGCGACCCAGACGAAGCAAUACUCGAAGCUAAAGAGAUAAACAAGUACCUGCUAGCCAAGUCCUUCUUCGAUUGUCGAGAAUACGACCGCUGCGCUGCAGUUUUCCUUCCCGACUCUACCUUGGCUGGCAUGGCAUCCUCGAAAGAGCCGAAUAACACGACGCCCAAAGGAAAGGGGAAAGGCAAAGCCACAGCACCUAGCACUAGGACAAGCAGCGCCGAGAUAUUGCCACAAUUGAGCCAAAAAAGCCUGUUUCUUGCAUUAUAUGCCAAGUUUCUCUCGGGAGAGAAACGUAAAGAUGAGGAUGCCGAGAUAGUAAUGGGACCUCAGGACAUUGGCACAUGCAUCAACAAACAGCUAUUGACAGUCAGUCGUAUUUUAGAAGCAUGGUUCGAGCAACGGAAAUCAGAUGACGGCGAAGAGAUAGAAGGUAGCCAAGGGUGGCUUGAAUAUCUCUACGGUAUGAUUCUUGCUAAAGAAAAGAACGAAGAGCUGGCCCUAUAUUGGCUAGUACGCAGCGUACACCUAUUUCCUAUGAAUUGGGGUUGCUGGCUAGAGAUGACUGCACUUAUCUCACGGGUGGAAGAUGUAUGUUGCAGUAGAAUAUCGGUUAGGUUCACGAUGGCUAAUUUGAUACAGUUAAAUCGCAUAAUGCCUCGCUUACCACAAAAUAUCGUAUCCUUUAUGUUCCAUAUACACACCUCGCUCGAGCUUUACCAGCACGAUCCAAAUCUCGCAAAUUCCCUCGACCAACUACUCAAUAUAUUCCCGACGUCGUCUUUCCUGCUCACAUGCGAUGCGUUGCUAUCUUACCACGCAAAGGAUCUCGUUGCAGCAGAACAACACUUCAGCAACAUUUUAUCGCUACACCCUCAUCGACUCGACUCGCUUGACCAUUAUUCUAACAUACUCUACGUCAUGAACUCACGACCAAAGCUCGCAUUCUUAGCGCAUCUAUGUAGUAGCGUUGAUAAAUUUCGUCCAGAAUCUUGCGUGGUAAUUGGUAAUUACUACUCAUUAUUAUCCUUGCACGAGAAAGCUGUGCAAUAUUUCCGACGAGCGUUGAUGCUGGAUCGCUCAUGCCUAUCCGCUUGGACACUCAUGGGACAUGAGUACGUCGAACUUAAAAACACGCAUGCGGCCAUUGAAUCAUAUCGCCGAGCUGUAGACGUGAACCGAAGAGACUACCGUGCAUGGUACGGACUGGGGCAGACGUAUGAGAUUUUAGAGAUGCACGCAUACGCAUUGUGGUACUAUAAGAAGGCAGCCGGUCUCAGACCAUGGGACGGGAAAAUGUGGAUGGCCGUUGGCUCGUGCUUACAACGCAUGAACCGAAAUCAGGACGGAAUCAAAGCUCUAAAACGGGCAUUACUCGCCGAGAGCUAUUAUGACACAGGUAGCAGCAUCGGCAGCGGUGGGAUAGCGGGCAGUCUCCGAGGUGCGCACAUGGACCCGGAGAUCCUGCUACAAAUCGCGAAUAUGUACGAUGGCAUAGGCGAGGAAGAAGACGCAAAGGCAUACAUGGAAAUGUGUGUGGCGCAAGAAGAUGGCGGGGUAGGCGAUAGUCAGGGCGAAGGCAUCGCGAUCCAUAAUGAUUCGCCGGGAGAGGGCUCGGAUGACGACGGCGAUCGCGCCGGGCGUGGAGAGGGAGGCACGGGGGUGACAGCCGCCACUAGCAAAGCCCGGAUAUGGCUUGCGCGCCACGCGAUGAGGACGGAGGAGAGAGGUUAGGUCCAGGAUGGAAGGAAUUACGACUGUCUUGAUGAUACAAGGUAGUUUGGAAGCUUUGGAAGCUUUGGCUUGUGCAUCGAUUGUGGCUAAUGAAUUAUGAUAUCUUUGCGGGAGCCUACGUGAGCCCAAGGUAUCCCGUUGGAGAUGGGUUAUGGGAUAGUGGUGUCUUGUGGGUAACCGAUUGUAGCAUCGCGAACAAGAAUGCUCUCCGCACACACCGGGCGGUUGCUUGACUCUAACCUCCACAUGAACCUCAGCAACGUAACAUAUACAUACCAAUAUACAAAAUUUCCUUCAUC